ACGUCUUUGUGUUGUGGGAGACAGAGAGGAACAGCUGAAGUACGGAAUAGUCAAUAGUACGAGCUAGAAACUCGACCACCAGGGGGCGUAUGCGGUCCGGUUUCAUUCACCAGGACCUACAAGAACACGCCUCCACUUUCCAACGUCAUCAAACCAGGAAGUGAACUAAGUCGUUUGGCGCGUACCUUCCUGUUCUCUGUUACUCUGCUGCUUUGGGAAAUAUGGCGAGCUUCCCUCAAAGAAUAAAAAAUAGCGUUCCAGAAGAAAACAAGAGCAGUUUGUCUGAAAAAGAUUUGCAGAAAAUGGGUUUGCAAGGGAUCCAGUUGAGGGCCUAUCAGCUGGACGGAGUGCGGUGGCUCACUCAGUGCCUAGCCAACCAGCAGGGAUGUAUCCUAGGAGAUGAAAUGGGCCUGGGCAAGACCUGCCAGACCAUCUCUCUGCUGCUGUACCUGCGAGGGGUCCUGGGACAGGGGGGUCCGUUCCUGAUCCUCAGUCCUCUGUCUGUCAUGGGUAACUGGAGGAGUGAGAUGGAGCGCUUUUCUCCUUGUCUGAAAGUGCUAUGCUACUCAGGAGACAAAGACAAGAGAGCUGAGUUGCAGAGAGACAUGGACACCACACACUACCAUGUCCUACUGACUACAUAUGAGAUCUGUCUCAGAGAUGCUUCAUUCUUAAAGAGGAGAACGUGGAAGGUCCUGGUAGUUGAUGAGGCCCACAGACUGAAGAACCACAACUCCUUGUUGCACAAAGUCCUGCUGGAGUUUUCUCUCGGUUUCAGAUUGCUGUUGACAGGAACUCCUAUCCAGAACAAUUUGUUGGAGGUCUACAGUCUGUUGGCAUUCAUCGAGCCUGGUCUCUUUCCUUUAGACCAGGCUGAGGAGUUCACCAGCAGAUACAGCCAUGUGCAGACACAGCCUGCUCUGGCCAGUGAGCUCCAGAGUGUGCUUCAGCCAUUCCUUUUGAGGAGAGUAAAGUCUGAGGUGGCAGCCGAUCUCCCAAAGAAGACCGAGUUGCUGAUGUAUCAUGGCCUUUCAGCCCUGCAGAAGAGAUACUACAAGGCCAUACUCAUGAAGGACGUGGAUGCCUUUAAGAAUGACCAGGGCAACAAGACCAGACUACUGAAUAUACUGAUGCAGCUCAGGAAGUGUGUGGAUCACCCCUAUCUGUUUGAUGGUGUGGAACCAGAGCCGUUUGAAAUGGGGGAGCAUCUGAUCGAGGCCAGUGGGAAACUCAGUCUGCUGGACAACAUGCUGGGCUUCCUGCAUCAACGGGGACACCGGGUUCUACUGUUCUCCCAGAUGACCAGGAUGCUGGACAUUGUGCAGGAUUACAUGGAAUACAGAGGCUACAGCUACGAGCGUCUGGAUGGUUCAGUCAGAGGGGAGGAGCGGAAUUUGGCCAUCAAGAACUUCAGCAGCAAACACGUCUUUGUCUUUCUGCUCAGCACUAAAGCAGGAGGCGUUGGGAUGAACCUAACAGCAGCUGAUACAGUUAUAUUCAUGGACACUGACUUCAACCCCCAGAAUGACCUGCAGGCUGCCGCUCGCUGCCACCGGAUUGGUCAGACCAGGCCUGUGAAGGUGAUCCGGCUCCUGGGGAGGGAUACCGUGGAGGAGAUUGUGUACGCUCAGGCGGUGUCUAAGCUCCGCCUCACAAACAUUGUGAUCGAAGAGGGGCGGUUCUCCAUGCUGGACCACACCCAUUCUGAUUCAGCUGGCCUGCAGCUGAGUGAUAUCCUGAAGUUUGGAGUGGACAAGCUGCUGUCAUCUGAUGAGAGUUCUGUCCAGGCGGUGGACCUAAGUCAGAUUCUGGGCCCGUCUGAAGGAGGGGAGUGGCUGACUGACGAAGACCCCGCCCUGAUCCAGGGCCUGCCCACCGAGGAAGAGGAGGGGGGGGUUACUGUGAGCCAGAACCACAUGUACUACUUUGAGGGGAGGGACUACUCCCGGGAGGUCAGCUCCGAGGACCAGAGGAGCUUCAGUUGUCUAUUGGAGGAGCAGCAGGAGGAGGGACCAGGAGAAGAGGGACGGGCAACCAGACACAAAGCUGGAGGCGUAUCUCUGUCCGGGCCCCUGGGAGCCCCCCUGCAGAAGAGGAGGGCUUUAAGUGUGACAGAACUGAAGGAGAGGAGCAGGAGGAAUAAGGAGGCAGCAGCCAAGAGGGCCUGUCUGCAGGAAGACAGGAAGAAGAGACAGGAAGAGGAGAAACACAAGAAGAAAAUGGCAUGGUGGGAAUCCAGUGGAUACAGAUCUCUUUGUCUACCCUCGGUGGAGAGCGAGGAAGAGGACUCAGACGACCUCAGUGUGACCUCUACAGAUUCAGAACACACUGCUAUUGGCUAUGUUUUGGGUGAUGUCACACACCCCCAUGCUAAACAGGAAGACGCCAUCAUAGUGCACUGUGUUGAUGACUCAGGCCGUUGGGGUACAGGUGGACUCUUUACAGCGCUGGAGAACCGGUCAGAUCAACCACGUAAACAAUAUGAGCUUGCUGGAAAGAUGAAAGAUCUGGAGCUGGGAUCAGUGCUGAUGUUCCCUGUCGAUGAUAAACAGUCCAGACUGGACGGUCAUGACCAGGUGGCGCUGAUUGUGGCCCAUCACAGAGGCAAAGACAACAGGCUGUCCAGCAUCCACCUAUCUGCGCUGGAGGAAGGGCUCAAGAAGAUCUACAGGGUGGUCAAGACUAGAAAGGCUAGCGUCCACCUCCCUCGAAUAGGACACUCCACCAGAGGAUUCAACUGGUAUGGAACAGAAAGACUCAUCAGAAAACACCUGGCUUCCCGGGGCAUACGCACCUUAAUAUAUUACUACAACAGAGCUGCCUCUGGUACGUCCACAACCACCUCCUCACCACCAGCUUCAACCUCCAAGGCUUUAGCCCAAUCCCCACCAGCCUUGGUGCCCCACUCUUCUGACUCAGACUCAGAGAUAGGCUGUGAGGAAGGAGAAACAACCAAUAAGAGCAGCAGGAGCCAUAGCCCGCGUGGCCCCCCCCUGCCUGAUUUCAUGAAGGGAGUCCAUGUGUUCUUCUACAACCUGGCUGCAUCAGACAGGAAGAAGCUGGCACGCUAUCUCAUCAUGUAUGAUGGAGACGAGGAGGGGCUGAUGAGUCCAGAGGUCACACACGUUGUAGCUGAACUGGAGAGCCAUGUCCACUCUCAGGAGCUCCGGGAGCUGAUUGGUCAGUAUCCUCAGGCACGCUGCUUCUCCAAUCAGAGGCAGGUUAACACUGCCAAGUUCCUGUACCAACUAAAAUCAUGAUGCUCUUCAAAAACGUAUUUGCCCAAGAAUUAUUGGUUACCUUUAUGAAAUUGAGCAAAAGUGAAUGCAAAAAAUAAACACAUAAAAUAAGUAUUUUUUUGGGCUGAAGCAUGAGGGGAGCUGUAUACUUUCAUUACAACACAAUGAUUAAUUAACGAGGGAUCUCAGACUACUCCAUGCAGCACAUUUCAAGAUCCUUGAUAGUCUUAGGUUUUGCUUGUGGACUGCCCUCUUCGAUUCAGACCACAGGUUUUUGGAUUAAAGUCCAGCUACUGUGAAACAUUGUGAUCUUCUGGUUAUGCAACAAUUUCUGUGUUGGUUUUAAUGUGCAGUCAGUUCCUUAGAAAGCCCAUUUUACAACAGCAGU